GCCUGCAGGGGGCGGUGACGUGUUUUGGAGCCUUUCAGCCGCAAACAGCAACAAGCUGGAGACAAACAAGUUGGGAACGAAGUGCCACGCCAUUGGUCAGAGUCGCUGCGGCUCGGCUUCCUAUUGGCUGAUAGAGUUGCCCCGCCAGUGAGGUCUAGAAACAGCGCCAUAACCAAACUGUGGACAACUUGUUGUAUUCUGCGCUCGAUCUUUCUUCAUUAGAGUUUCACAGAGAAUAAAGUCGCUUCUGGACGUUUGCGGCUUUAUUAACCGUUCAAUUACAGCGCGGGAGAGUCGACCUCUGUUCUGUUUGUGAAGCUAAAGAAGCUAACGAAGCUAACUGACGAGGCUGAUGCGGCCCCAACUGGAAGCUAACGUGGCUAACUGACGUCAGCGGGUGUUUCCAGAGAAAGUGACCGAGCACAGCGGCGCUUUGUCGGCCAAAGCAGGGAUGAGCUGCCCGGUGAAGCUCCAGGCUCUGCCGGCGGGAGUCUUUGAAGAGGUUUUGACUCCCGAGAAUGUGCGAGGAAGAAACUCUUUCUCUCCGCUGAGUUUCCCAAAGUCCAGAUCAGCUCUGUGGGACGGCAGCCCUGCAGGAGAGAAGCUCCGCCUCCAGCUCUGCUCUCACAGGAAGCCUCGGUUGCUGCUGCUGGAGAAAACUCUGCGUCUGGCGCAGCGUCACGCUCGCCACAGCAACAAGCCCCGCCUUCAGUGCUUCUUCCUGGGAUCAGUGUCAGUGGACGCAGAUGAGGAGGGGGUCACAGUGACUCUGGACCGGUUUGAUCCGGGUCGGGACCAGCCCGGAGCCUCGGGCAGGGUUCCCUCUGCCCUGCUGCCCGGAGACGUCCUGGUUCCCUGUUUGUUCUCCACACAGACGGAGACGACGUCAGACGCUGUCGUCCAAUCAGAGGCUGAGCUCCAUCAGUGCUUCAAGGUGUUGCAGCAGCACGUCAGCAGCCGACAGGCUCUGGAUCUGUCUCAGCUGUUAAAGGUCAGAGGUCGUGUGUCCUGCUCGCAGCAGUCAGACGCGGCGGCGUUCACUCUCAGGUGGUCGGCCGUCUGUCCGGCCGCCGGCGUGGACGUCCAGCCGGUCCGAGCCGUUCCCAUCAUCCCCACCGCUCUGGUGAGGAGUCUGACCAGCGUGAGUCGGCCGCACGCCGCCAACCGCCAGAGAGGGUUUCUGACCAUGGAUCAGACCAGGAAGCUCCUCCUGCUGCUGGAGUCGGACCCCAAAGCCUCCAACCUGCCGCUGGUCGGACUCUGGCUGAGUGGAGUCACACACGUCUCCAGCCCUCAGGUCUGGUCCUGGUGUCUGAGGUUCCUGUUCAGCUCCGCCCUGCAGGACAGAGUUCUGUCAGAAAGCGGCUGUUUCCUGCUCGUCGUGUUCGGAGCGACUCACAGAGCUCCUCAGUUCUUCCAGUGUCGAGGCCCCGGACCGGGACCGGGACCGGGACCGGGACCACAGCUGGACUGCCAGCUGCUGACGGCCUCCCAGACCCUCACACUCUACCAGCAGGUGGCGCCGGUGGACGGUCAGACUCUGCAGUGCGAGCUGAGCUCAGAGAGUCACAGCAGACAGAAGCAGACGUUCAGAGACGCUCAGAACUCCUUCAACAGCGUCUCGCCGCCCGCCGGUCUGUCCGUCAGCGACCACGACUCUGGAGUCGAGGACGAGGACCUGUCACCACGACCGUCCCCGAGUCCACACCUCCCCGCCCAGCAGACUCGGAGAGUUCAGCCGUCUGUUCCUGAACUUUCUCUGCUGAUUGACAGCAGCUUCACCUCCUCCAAUCAGAAUGCUUGGAAGGACUCUGACUCCACCCACAGACCGUCUCCUGACAGGAAGUCUGCUCCUCCACUUGGAAACACCUCCUCCUCAACCUCCUCCUCCUCCUCUGCUCCCAGACCGGCUCCUCCUCCUCUUCACCUCCACAGCACCCCCAACUCCAACCUGCAGCAGCCCUGCACCUGCUGCUCCGCCCACAGCUACGACUGCACCUCCAUCUUCUCCUCCCCAGGACUCCACCCUCCACCUGCUCCCUCACAUCACCUGACUCCUGCUGCUCCCUCACAUCACCUGACUCCUGCUGCUCCUGCUCCCUCACAUCACCUGACUCCUGCUGCUCCUGCUCCCUCACAUCACCUGACUCCUGCUGCUCCAUCCAGCCUCCACCCUGCUUCAACUCCCUCUAGCAACCAUGCUGAUCCUCCUCGUGUUCCUCCUUCCUCUAAUCAUCCUGCUCCUCCUCCAGCACCUCCUCCCUCUCAUCACCAUCCCCCCCACAGCUCCUCCUCUCCCCCCUCCAGCCUCCUCCCUCCUGCACCGGUCCCGUGGCGCUGUGACUCCUCCUCUCCUCACCCUGCACCUCCCCCCCGCCUCCCCCGGCCCUCCUGUAUGAAUCAGUGCUGUGAGCAGCAGCAGCAGCAGGCCGGCGUCGUUCCGUCUGACGCCUACCAGCUGCUCCUCCACCAGGACCGCCAGCUCCGCCUCCUGCAGGCUCAGGUCCAGAUGCUGCUGGAGGCUCAAGGGAAGCUUCAGUCCUCCAGCCGACAGGCGGACACUCAGACACCUAGAAGCACCGCCAGCAUCGGCGUGGAGACAGGUGCCAGUCUGUUCUGGGGGGAUCCUGUCCAGCCCCUCCCUCAUCAGGAAGCACCACCCAGACCUCCUCCCCUCUCCUCCCCCAGCACCUCCUCCUCCUCCAGACCUCCCUCCUCCUCACAGGACGUGUCCGUUAUCAGGCCGGAGGACGGUGACAUCACAGGCCAGGAGGCUCUCUGCUCCCCCUCCAGUCAGCACAGUGUUGACGGCCUGCAGAGUGUCAGCAUGUACGGAGCUUCAGACGAACAGCAGAGCUUCUACCACAACCUGAUGACUCAGCUGACCAGCCGUCUCCAGGACUCGGACAGCAGACAGGAAGUGGAGGAGGAGGAGUCGAGGAGGAGCAGCCUGUCUGUGGUUUCUGACCGCUCCCAGCCCUCCCAGCCCUCCCAGUCCUCCCAGUCCUCCUCAUCCAGGAGAAAGCAGCAGAGCUGUGGAGGAGACCCGGUGGUCAGCGCCACUCUGCGGCGGCUGCAGCAGCUCGGAGUCGAUGUGGAUGAAGAAGAUCUGACAGAAUCCGACAGAAGAAUCCAUAAAACAGUGGAGAGCAGCAGCACUCUGGCGUGCAUCAACCCUGCGGCAGUUCUGUCCCGACUGAGCGUCUCGGAGCCGACAGCCAGCGCUCUGUUUCCUGGAGGCAGCGUGGAUCUGAGUCUGGAGGCCAACGCCAUCGCCCUGCGCUACCUGAGCGACUCCCAGCUCAGCAGGCUGUCUGUGGGUGGCCACGCCCCCCGACCAGGCCCCGCCUCCUCCGCAAACUCCCUGCUGUCACCUAGCAACAUGUCUCUGGCCACCAGGAAGUACAUGAGGAGGUACGGCCUGAUCGAGGAAGAGGAGGAGGAAGAGGAGGAGGAAGAGGGGGUCCGGGAGGCGUCGGCCCACCAGCCGCUGACUGAAGCUCUGAACCUGAAGCUCCUCCCACAGAGUCAGCUGAUCCAAGACCUGCGGCCAAAAAUGCGGCUGCUGGCCGGCGGUGUCAAACCAAACGCCAUGGACAAGGAGAACUGUUCCAGUGGGCAGCCAUCUUUAGUCAGGGCGAGCAGCCGCCAAACCGAAGGAUCUGUGGGAAACAUCCUGGACCUGAGCCGCCUGAGACAGCUGCCCAAACUCUUCUAACACCAACCAACCAAUCAGCUGCCUGAGACAGCUGCCCAAACUCUUCUAACACCAACCAACCAAUCAGCUGCCUCGGACAGCUGCCCAAACUCUUCUAACACCAACCAACCAAUUAGCUGCCUGAGACAGCUGCCCAAACUCUUCUAACACCAACCAACCAAUCAGCUGCCUGAGACAGCUGCCCAAACUCUUCUAACACCAACCAACCAAUCAGCUGCCUGAGACAGCUGCCCAAACUCUUCUAACACCAACCAACCAAUCAGACGCCUGAGACAGCUGCCCAAACUCUUCUAACACCAACCAACCAAUCAGCUGCCUGAGACAGCUGCCCAAACUCUUCUAACACCAACCAACCAAUCAGACGCCUGAGACAGCUGCCCAAACUCUUCUAACACCAACCAACCAAUCAGCUGCCUGAGACAGCUGCCCAAACUCUUCUAACACCAACCAACCAAUCAGCUGCCUCGGACAGCUGCCCAAACUCUUCUAACACCAACCAACCAAUCAGCUGCCUCGGACAGCUGCCCAAACUCUUCUAACACCAACCAACCAAUCAGCUGCCUCGGACAGCUGCCCAAACUCUUCUAACACCAACCAACAUGAAACCAGUAAGAGAAGCAGCUGCUGGUUUUACUGGGAGAUGCUCUGAGAGCUUUAAACAGUGUUUAGCUCUGCUGGUCUGACUCAGGUCCUGGUUUUCAUGGUUAGACUGGUUUUACUGGGAAUCCUCCAUGUUUAGGGUGAGCUGUGGAAACAUCCUGAAACUGAACAGAAACAGGAAGCAGCUUAAAACUGUCACAUGUUAAAUGGAGUCUGGUGCGUCUGAGGGUUUCUUACUGGUUUCACUGGGAAUCUGCCGUCUUCAGGUUGUUUUACUCCACUUAUUGUAGCAUGAAAAUGUGUUUUUAAUUUUAUCAUUUGUUGUUUUUAUGUGAAAUGUCUUUUGCACAUUUUUUAU